GUGUGUCCUAUAUAAAGCCCGGUGAUGCUCCACGAGCUCAUUCAGGUGCGGAGAGUCAGAGGAGAGAGGAGUGGCACAGAUUCACGCACCCAAGAUUCCGUUUUUAAGUCUGGGAAUAAAGAGUUUACGCGCCUAAGGAUCACAGGCUAAACCUGAAGGGUGACUUCAAGGAAAACAUUUGUGUAGCGCAUGGAAUCUAAUUGAAAUUGUAUGGGUGCGUAAAGCCGUGCCAUGCAGGGGAACAGCAGCGCGUUGGCACCGAGUUUAGCGACAUGCGGUCCGGCACUGGACGAGGGCGAUGCGCUGUCGAACCGGAUCGCUCUCCACAACCUGUCGCUCCGCUGCUGGCUGCAGCUGCUCUCCAAAGAGUCCGCGGAGGAGCUCUACGGCGACAGCUCGAGCAUGGCCAUGCGCGUCGUGAUCGCGCUCGUCUACCUGGUCGUGUGCGCGCUGGGGCUCGUCGGGAACCUGCUGGCGCUUUACCUGCUCCAUUCGCGCCACAGACUCAAGCAGUCGUCCAUCAACUGCUUCGUCAUGAGUUUAGCCGUGACGGACCUGCAGUUCGUCCUGACUCUUCCGUUCUGGGCCGUGGACACCGCUUUGGACUUCAGAUGGCCGUUUGGAAAGGUGAUGUGCAAGAUCAUCAGCUCGGUCACCACCAUGAAUAUGUACGCGAGCGUGUUCUUCUUAACUGCCAUGAGCGUAGCGCGCUACUGCUCCCUGUCCUCAUCCCUACGGAUGCAGUGUCCCAAAACGGCCUCGGCUGAGGUCAAGUGGGCCAGUUUGGGAAUCUGGAUCGUGUCCGUGGUGGCCACCAUCCCUCACGCGGUAUACUCAACCACGGCGCAGGUGUCCGACGACGAGCUGUGCCUCGUCCGCUUCUCGGAUUCCGGUAACUGGGACCCGCAGCUGCUUCUGGGUCUCUAUCAAACCCAAAAGGUACUUCUGGGCUUCGUGAUUCCGCUGGUUAUCAUCUGCGUUUGUUACCUCCUCCUGCUGCGCUUCGUUCUGCGGCGGCGCGUCAGUGGAAUCCCCGGCUCGGAAAGCGAGAGAGGGCGGCACAAUCGCCGUUCCAAAGUCACCAGAUCGGUCACCAUCGUGGUUCUGUCGUUCUUUCUGUGCUGGCUCCCCAACCAGGCGCUGACCCUUUGGGGGGUGCUCAUCAAAUUUGACCUGGUGCCAUUCAGUAACGCGUUUUACAACGCGCAGGCCUACGCGUUCCCCAUCACCGUGUGCCUGGCGCACACCAACAGCUGCCUGAACCCGGUGCUGUACUGUCUGAUCCGUCAGGAGUACCGGACCGGCCUCAAGAAGCUGUUGUUUAGAGCCACUCCGUCCAUCCGGAACCUGGCCAAGCUGGUGCACCGGGGGAAGAAGGUGGCGGAGGCUCCGGCCGGCGUGUCUGUGGUGCAGAUGGAGAUCGGGAUGUGACGUGACCAAUGAGGAGAAAGCCACUGGCACUCGUCUGAACUUUUGAAUGCAUCGAGACAUCUGCAAAGUGGACUUUCAAAUAUCAGACAGUGCUGAUAUGAAAUAGCAUUGCAUUGAUAAAACAUGAACAUCAAAAUUCUGGACACAUUUUUUUUUUCCAGGAUUCUCACGAAUUUAAAACCUUCAAGAUGUUGUUUUUAUCAUGCAAUUUUAAGGAAAUAUUUAUUUUUCAUUAAAAUAUUAGUUUGCUUGUUUGUUUAAAUGUAAUUAUCCUAUUUACUUUACUACUUUACUAUUUUACUACAGCAUGAGCAAGUGUCUGUGUUCAUACAUCAAUACAUAAUUACCAGUACUCUGCUCAGAUUAUUGGACUUUUUUAAUAGUUUUACACUAUUUCAAUUUUUUUGAUGACAUCAUUGUGGACCCUUUUCACCUUUCUACAAUUGUUAUUAUCGUAAGACUAUACUCUGUGUCACAUCACUGUAUGAGCCAGCUAUGAUGAUGUCUUUUGCUGAGAGCACAGAAAAUGUGAAAAGGAUCCAUGAUCGUAAACUGUUGAUAAUAGUUAUCAUAAGAAAUGUAUGUCCAAACUCCUGACUGCUUAUGUGUUAUGAGAUUAUUAUAGUUGAUUCUAUUGCAUGGAAUUCCCAAACAUCUCAAACAAACCAAGCCUUCCAUAGAAGCAGUGUUUCCAAACGCUGAGUUUUAGGACUAUAACCCGCUUUCUGAGACUGAGUUUGUUCUCUUGUGCUGGGGAAAAAUGAAAAACAUAUUGAAUGAACUUUGCGGACCUUCAGAAAAAAAAAAAAAAAAAAAAAAAAAAAAAAGCCAGGAGGAGAGAAAGAGUUUACUAAGCUGUCCUUGAACCCUUGUAUAGUUCAGACCUUUUAUCAUCUCUGAGCAACUGCAGCUGAGUGCUGUUCAAACAUGAUCAUCAAUAACACUGUCUUUCUUAUUAAGCUUCAAAGGAAUGUGUCAUUUUCAAACCUUUUCUCUCACGUAUGAAUCCACUUCUAAAUCUCUGCUGAACUGUAUAUGGCUCAGUGUAAAUAAAAAUGU